UGCAGCUCAGUGUGUGUGUGAGAGACAGAGAGGGUGUGUGUCUGUGUGUGUGAGGAACACUGUGCUUCUCAAACUGAAAGUGUGUGUGUGUGUUAUCAGAAGAAGAAGAAGAGGUCGUGAUGAAGCUGCUCCUCCUCCUCCUCCUCCAGAUGUGCAGCUGUGCAGAAAGCAGGUGUUUCUGUCAGGUCACGGGCGACCUGGACGACUGCGCCUGUGACGUGGAGACGAUCGAUGGCUUCAACAACGAGCAACUUUUCCCCAAACUCCAAACACUUCUGGAGUCUGACUAUUUCAGGUUCUACAAGGUGAACCUGGAUAAGCCGUGUCCGUUCUGGACGUCGAGCGGUCACUGUGGUCUGAGGGACUGUGCUGUGAAGGCCUGCGCUCCUAAUGAAGUACCGGAGGGGAUCAGAUCUUCAUCACACAACAAGUAUUCAGCAGAGGCAAACGAGCAGCUGGAUGAGUGUGAGCAGACUCAGCAUCUCGGAGCUGUGGACGUUUCUUUGAGUGACGAGACCAGAGAGGCUCUGCUCGAGUGGAGCAAACACGAUGACGAGGCCGAGCGGUUCUGUGUGACGGACGACGAGGAAUCUCCAGACUCUCAGUACGUCGACCUGCUGCUGAACCCUGAACGCUUCACGAGCUACAGAGGACCUGAGGUGUGGAGGAUCUGGAACAGCAUCUACGAGGAGAACUGCUUCAAACCGUACACUGUCAGACGACCUCUCAUUCCCGACUCCUUCCACAGCAGCUCAGGAGGCGAAGCGAGGACCUUCUACAGCUGGCUGGAAGGUCAGUGUGUGGAGAAGAGGGCUUUCUACCGCCUCAUCUCAGGCCUGCACGCCAGCAUCAACAUCCACCUGAGCGCCAGGUACCUCCUGGACGACAGCUGGUUUCAGAGGAAGUGGGGUCAUAACGUGUCCGAGUUCAAGCAGCGGUUCGACUCGGAGCUGACGGCCGGCGAGGGGCCGAAGAGGCUCCGCAACCUCUACUUCGUGUACCUGAUAGAGCUGCGGGCGCUCGCCAAGGCUCUGCCCUUCUUCCAGCAGCCGUCGUUCCAGCUCUACACCGGCCGAGCCGAAGAGGACCGGAGACACAAAGAGCUGCUGCUGCACGUCCUGCAACUGGCCCGAUCUUUCCCUCUGCACUUUGAUGAGACUUCUCUGUUUGCCGGUGACGAGAAGGAAGCAGCCAAACUGAAGGACGACAUCCGACUGGCCUUCCUCAACAUCUCCAGGAUCAUGGAUUGUGUCGGCUGCUUCAAAUGCCGACUGUGGGGGAAACUGCAGACUCAGGGAUUAGGCACAGCGCUGAAGAUUUUGUUUUCAGAGCGACAGAUUGAAGCUCUGCCCACGGCGAGCGGGCGGCGACCCAGUUUCCAGCUCAGCCGCCAGGAGAUCGUCUCUCUGCUCAACGCCUUUGGAAGGAUUUCCACAAGCAUCCGAGAGCUGAAGAACUUCAGGACGCUUUUAUCAGAGGAGCGGUGACGGCGUCAAGAGGCGUCUUCGUCCACGGAUUCCUCCGACGGGGUCGUUUGUAUCUUCGGAGCUGACGGUCGUGGCCUCGAGUCCCGAACACAUCACAGCCGCCUCAGUCCUGACGUCAGAGUUCAGCGUUAAACAAAACACCGGCCGAAGUGAAGGAUAAAAACUAUUUCUACUAAACUUAUUUUGACUUAAAUGUAACAGGUUGAAAAGAAACGAGAGUAAAUCUGAUAUUUGUAUUUAUAAUCACAGCCUAAACAUCGACACUGUGGAAUCAUAUUCUCCUUAUUAUUAUUCCUGAUGUGCCUCCAUCUUGCAGCAGAAUUAUUAAUUAUUGCCCACUUUGUUUUCUUUCCUUUCUAAAAUAACGAUGGGUACCUUGAAAGGCACGUAGAAAUCUAAAUUGUCAUUAUUAUUAUUAUUAUGUGUUAGAACUUUUUUACUCAGAAUUUACUUCUGAAGUUUCAUUUUUACACAUUUGAUGAAUACUUGAUGAAUUCAUUGAUUUGAUUUUCUAGUAAGAAUUCAAUCUUUCUUCCUCUUGAAAUGAAAUCUGAAGUUUUGAUUGAAUCACACAUUUGUCUCUUACUCUAACUUACAUGACUGUGUUGUAUGAAACUGGAAUCAUCCACUGAUAAGAAGAGACUGAAGAGUGUAAAUUAUCGUUUAGAUUUUAAACGUGUUUCUUUAUGUUUCUUUAUAUUUAUUCUUUAACUAAGAUCAUCUCUGUUCAGGUUCCUGUAUAUCUGCUUUUUCACAGUGGCCUGUUGUUGUGAUUGUGCUGCUGCCCUGAGGAUGGCGCUGUUUGUAUAGAAAAAUGAUUUCCACACUUCACCUUCAACGAACUCGCAGAUAAAAGCAAAAUCAAUCUGCUCUGAACAGUCUUCCAUAAAUCAUGUUGAAUCUCUAACGAGGGAUGUGACGAGUGUUGAGGUGAAAAAUCUUCUAAUUAAGAAAAUGAUAUUAAGUUUGUGUUUGAACAUUAAUUCUGAAUAAAGAUGAGAUUUGUUUGUUGGGAAA